GAUAAUAGAUCCAUAGCAAGAAGGCACACAGUCUUGCCUUCCAACAGGUAUGCAAGAAAGAGAAAGAAAAAAAGGGAUAUACACAUAUACAAACACACAUAUAUAGUGUUCUGGCAAAAUAUGUUAUUAGUUAUACUUCACAGUGUAUGUCUUUGAGUCCGUCCAUAUAGACAUGCAAAUUGUUUUGGAUCCAUGUGGAUCAAGAUUGGGAUAUGUUUUUUUUCCCCCCCCAAACAAGAUGAGCCCAGCUACCUUAUAAUACAUGUAUAGGGAUGCACAACAUGGCAUGUGGGCUAAACAAUUUCACAGUUAAUCUUUUAAGGGAAUUCCUUUUCUGUUUCUUGAAUUCUUGGACUCUGCUACAUUUAUAUAUAUUCCAUUUCCUAUGUCUCUUCAUUGGAUUUCAGUCAUCAUGAAUCCACCAUACUUUUCUCAAGGUUCUGUGGAAAAACAAAAUUAUAUACGAUCAGCACAAAAAAAAAAAAAAUCCCCAGCUGGUUUUGGUUAAAAAGAUCCUGACUAUUUGUUAAAAAUCUAUUUUUUGCUGACUUCUAGUAGUAAUUAUUUCUCUGCUUGCCUCUAUUCUUAGAUUUAUUUUGUAUUGGUUGUUGUAGCUGCUCGUAUAUGAAAUUAAAUACAUUCCAUAGUUCCCAUCAUUUCUGCACCAUAUAUGCAAACAUUUCAACACUCAGUGUAUUGUAAGUUCAUAUUCACUGUUAAAGCAAUCACUACCUCAAGUAAUAAUCCUAAUAACACUGUUUUGUGAUUCAUUGAAAUUGUUUCCUCAAUAUGCAUUUCUUUCUUGUCUUUUUUUUUUAAAGAAAUCUUGUUGGAAAACUGGCUUGCAGGGAAAAAUGCAAAAGGACAUGGAACUGUGAUUUGAUCCCUACAGUUCAUAUAGAAACUGAGCUACUUGUUGAGAUAGGUUCACUGGACUUGUAAAGGUGGCUCAGCAGUUUUGUUCUCCAAGUAGCAAUAACAAACUGCUUCUGUGCAUUUCUUCCUUGAUUGGGAGAAGUCAUUUAAUAAGUUCUGUUGCCCUUGUGGCCAAGAAAAUUCCAGAAUUACCAAUCCAUCCCACUUGUUUAUAUAGUGGGGCUUCAUAAAAAUGUUCUCCCUCCUAGCCUACUUUGGCUGAUCUGGAAAAGAAGCUUAACAGGGCUUGAUCUGGUUAGUCCUUAGGUGGAGGAUAACCUGGAAAACCAAGAACUGUAGGCUAGUCUGGGACGUUGAAAAAAUAUCCUGCAAGACAGCUAUGAUAAAUCACUCUGGUGUUCUUGUCAAGAUAACUACAUGAACAUGUUCAUGAAGUCUCCAGGAAUUGAGCUUGAAUUCAGGAGGCUGUAACUUGUUUUUAUUGCCCUGGACUACAAAGGAUGCAGACGCAAUGAUGGUGGCAAGUCCAUCCUUGAUAGGCACAAGGAAUGCAAGCAUAUGCGCUUUUGGGGGGUUUGGAACAACGACCACCACAGGCGGAUCCACAUUUAGUUUCUCAACGCCUACGAACACGGGGCUGUUUGGAGCUACCCAGAACAAAGGUUUUGGAUUUGGCACCAGCUUUGGAACAACACCAAGUACAGGAACUGGGCUUGGCACUGGCUUGGGAACUGGUUUGGGAUUUGGUGGUUUCAGCACCCAGCAGCAACAGCAGCCAA